AUGGAAUACGAACUUAAUCAUUUUUCUCUCUUUCCCCAGUGCUGGCGUUUAUUCCUUUUCCUGAGUCUCGUCUCCAUCUCCUUUGCUUUUCUUCGCCCAAAAGGAGAUAUCGCCGAGAUUGUGUGUCAUCAGCCCAAGGUUGUUGGGCCUUGCAAAGCCAGCUUCCCCAUGUUUUACUAUAACUUCGAUAAGAACGAAUGUCUACCGUUUAUUUAUGGCGGUUGUGGAGGGAACCAAAACAACUUCGAAACAGAAGAAGCAUGUUGGUGGCUCUGUGGUCGCUGAAAAUCCGGGACCGCAGCACACAUGGCGAGGAUCCGCUGACAGUGAUGCGCAGAUAUCAAAACACUUCAAAAGUUCAAUUUCU